AAAAUUCUUUCAAAUUACUUUUUAUCAGUAAUUUUAAUAGUUUAAAAAAUUUGUGGAUGUUCUUAGUUGUGUUUGUACAUUUAUUUAAGCAUAACCUCUAUUUCAGUUACUCAUUUAACAGUGAAUUAUAUAUCUGAAUUAGCAGCUAUUUCAACAUGUUUGAAUGGGCAUAUGAUGGUAUUAACGGUUCAAUACCAAGAAAUAUUGGUCCUGAGUGUGCUGGAUAUUUGUCACCACGUUACAGAUUAUUCGAAACCUUAGGAGUAUCUGUUUUGAUCAUUUAUUUAUUUAUAAAAGGUUUCAAGAGUAUUAAUCUACCAAAAAACGUAAAAUAUGUAAAUCAAGAUAGAACAGGAAAAAAGGCCUUAUUGAUUUUUAUGUCUUUGAUACUUGGUAUGGAAAUUGGUUUUAAACUUACCAGCCGAACUUUUGUGUAUAUACUCAAUCCUUGUCACAUCACAACAGCGAUUCAAUUAUAUUUAUUAGCUGCUAAACCAAGUUCUAUCGUCACUGCAAUUUUUAGGCUGCAAUUAAACUUUUUAAAUGGACCUGUUCUUGCAUAUGUUUUUCCUGAAGUUGAAUCUAGAAAACUGCUUGCUGACCAAGCUAUGUAUUGGCUCCAACAUGGAAUGAUGGUUGUUAUUCCAUAUUAUUUGAUGAGAAUCGGAGGUGUUUACAAUAUUGAACCACUCUCUGAUUUUAGCUGGUGUAUAUUAGCUUAUGGAUUUAAUUUAGCCUAUCACUGGUGGAUAUUACAGCUUGUUGCUUUGCCUGUUCAAGUCAAUUUGAGCCACAUUCUUUGCCCAGCACUUUCGGACCCAUUUGAAGGUCAAUUUUAUCGUCUAGCAGCUGUUGUUCAUGAAGGAUUACUCUGUCCAAUAUUAGCGAAAUUAUUUUGUGUUAUAGCCAAUUAUUUUCUCACUAAAUUUCCUCCAACUAGAGUAAAGUCGUCUAUUAAUCAUACGAUAGACCAUAAAUUUCCUCAGAGUGAAAGUGACGAGGAAUUACAAAGUAGACAAAAAGAUCGUAAAAAUGGUGAAGUGCAUGUUGAAUAAUAUUAAAUUAUAAUUUAAUUAAUUUAUGAUCUCAACUAACACAAUGAUUAGUAACAUUAAUUAACUAUUCAAUAAUAAAAUUAAAGUAAAUAAUUAUCAUUAAACAAAAGCAUGUCGAAAUAAUUUUAAAUUAUAAACAGUUUAUUAUAAAUAAUUUAUUCUAAACUCAAAAUCGAGCAAAUAAUUUACUGACAAAAAUUAAAUUAAUGCAGCUUUGUUUAAUAAUAAUUGCUAAUUAAACAUUGCUAGUAAGUAAUCUUUUUUAAUGAUUUUUAAAUUAAAAAUUUUAUAAACAUAAUAGAGAUAAUAUAUAAAAGCUGUGAUCAUCCGUAGUCUGCCUAAAUAUGCAGUAACAAAAAUUUUUUAGUCACAAUUAAAAAAAAUAUUUUUAUGAGCAUUCUGUUAUCUCAUACAUGAACUAAGUCAAAAAUAUUUACGUUAAGUAUUAUUAUAAUAACUUAAGAAUAAAGUUAAUCAUCAUGUAUACUAUGAUAAGAUAAAUUAUUUAUUGUACAUAUUGUAAUAAAUAUAAGCAAAUUACUUUAUGAUAAGAGGAAAGUAAUAGCUGAUAGUCGAAUGCUCUAAGUUUGGCAUUAAAUUGAGUUUAUCAAAUUUCAACGAUCGAUGUCAAUUUAUACAAAUGUACCAUAAAACUAAUUAUUCAUUAUAUAUUCAGCUCAAAAACAUGACAAACUAUUUUACUAACUCCGUAAUGGUAUAAUUACUAUCUUAAAAUGAAUAAAGAGUGACUAGAAUUUAUAAAACUCGGACAUUCAUAUUUUAAUUGGCCUAUGAAAUUAAAUUUUUUAAUUUUAAGACACUGGAUAAAUCAUUAAUAGUUACCAUUAGUUUAUUAUUAAUUUAUAAAUAAUAAAAAGUUGAACGAGUA